AGUGGCUCGCUUCCAAGCAACUACUCUUCAACAAUGUCAACGGCCGCACUCUUAUUGCCGGUGCUGCUCCUACUGCCGUCGUUGUUGGCAGCCACCGCAGCCGCUGAGGGCCGCACCAUCACCGUGUCAUCGACAUGCCAGAGUAGCUGUGGCGGCAUCGACAUCCCUUACCCCUUCGGCAUCGGCACCGGCUGCUACCGCCAGGGCUUCGAGAUCAACUGCACAGACGCUGGCGGCGCUGGCCCUGUGCCGCUCCUCGCCAACACCUCCAUCCCGGUGGUCAGCCUCUCCACCGAUCCACCCGAGUCGCGGGUGCUGCUUCCCGUUAGGUGGCAGUGCUAUGACGUGAACGUCUCGGACUCCGGCAAGACAGUACCCAACAAUGACAGGAGCAUGUUCAACCACGAGAAGAACGUACCUAGCGACGGCAUAUACCGCAUCUCGGACAAGCACAACGUGCUCUUCGUCCUCGGCUGCGCCACCAUCGCCAUCGUGAAGACUACCGAGGGCCAAAGACUGGCCUCCACCUCCGGGUGUUUGUCCUUCUGCCGCGGUGACAAGGCAGCGAAGGACAGCAAGUGUGCCGGUGCCGGGUGCUGCAAAGUUGACAUCCCGCCGGAGCUCACGAGCAUCGUCUUUCAGUUCCUCGACAUCAGGAGAGAGAGGCCAAAGUUGCUCAAGUACAGCCCAUGUGACUAUGCCUUCAUCGCCGACAGGGAGAGUUACGACUUCCGGAGAUCCGAACUGCUGCACAUGGACAAAACCCGGACCAUGUCGGCACGCCUUGACUGGGCUAUCCGCGAAAUGUCGACGUGCGCCGACGCCAAGAACAUGGCAGAUCAGUACGCCUGCAAGAGCGAUCACAGCGAGUGCGUCGACUCCACCAAUGGAUCUGGGUACGCCUGCAACUGCUCCGAAGGCUACGAGGGCAACCCGUACCUUGUCGGUGAAAGCGGAUGCACCAAUAUCAAUGAAUGCAAAGAUAAAACGAAGUAUCCUUGCUUGGGAGAAUGUGAGGACAAGGAAGGAUCGUAUAGCUGCACCUGUGAUCCGGGUUAUCAUAGCCGUGACCCCAUAACAGAAAAGUGUACUCUAAUAUUUUCACCAGCAGCACAGCUUGCCAUAGGUAUCAUUCUGGGCUCCUCCUUCUUACUUGUUGCUCUACUUUCGACACUACUGAGGCUCCAAAGGAGAAGAACGAAGGGCUUUUUUAAAAAGAAUGGAGGUUUGGUCCUUCGAGAUGUGGGAACUUUAAAUAUCUUCACAAAAAAGGAAAUAAACAAAAUCACUAAGAACCAUUCAGAGGUCCUUGGUAAAGGGUGCUUUGGCAAAGUGUACAAAGGGAUUCUUCAAGAUGGUACGAUAGUGGCAGUAAAAACCUCUAUCAAGAUAAACAAAGCUCAAAAGGAGGACUUUACCAAGGAAGUGAAGAUCCAGUCACAAAUGAUCCACAAGAACAUCAUCAAACUCGUGGGCUGCUGCUUGGAGGUGGAUGUUCCGAUGUUGGUGUAUGAGUUCGCUGCCAAUGGGAGUCUGCAAGACAUUCUCCAUGGUAAAACUCGCCUCCAUAAUUUCCCGCUGGACCUGCGUCUGGAUAUUGCAAUUGAUGCUGCGGAAGGGUUAACUUACAUGCACUCGUCAACAUGCCGUACCAUCCGGCAUGGCGAUGUCAAGCCAGCCAACAUACUUUUAGAUGAAAAGAACAUGCCAAAAAUCUCGGACUUUGGGACAUCAAAGUUUCUCACAAAGGACAAAGAUCACACUGGGAUUGUUGUAGGCAGCAUGGAAUAUAUAGACCCGAUGUUCUGUGAAACGGGACAAUUAACACAGAAGAGUGAUGUUUACAACUUCGGAGUUGUACUCUUGGAACUCAUCACCAGAAAGCCAACCGUAUAUGAUGGGAAUCAUAGGCUCAUAGUUGAUUUCUGUGAUGUUUAUCAGAAAGAAAACAGUGGAGAGAAGAUGUUUGACAAAGAUAUUGCAACUGAAGAAGAUACCUACAUACUGGAAGAGAUUGGCAGACUGGCUGUAACGUGUUUAGCAAAAGAUGUAGAAGAUCGUCCAGAGAUGAAGGAGGUAGCAGAACGACUUGCCAUGCUUAGAAGAGCUAGGAAAACUGGGAACAUAAACAAGAAAAGCCCCAGUUACUUUUGAGGAAGUCUAUGGUGCUCCCAAGAGCAUUGCUUCUGAGAAUAGCUAACUAAGAGAAGAAGAAAAUGUACCAUAUUUCUGUAUAUUAUAUCUUCAGUGUAAAUGAAUAUUGACUACUGUAUCGUGCCAUAAGGUCUGUUGCAGUGAAUAGUUAUCAAACUUACCGGUUAGCUUUGUUGGUGUAUACCAUUUUGUUCUCCGAAGUGUUAAUAUGUACACCAGUACUAAGUAACGACAUUGAGAUCGACA